AUGGAGGCAGCGUCUGCGCGCAUGGCCGCCCGGGAUCGGUACGGCGCAUUCGGGGAGGCACCCAGUUCACCAUUGCAGCGCUACAUACUACAAGCUUGCGAUCCGCAAAACUUCGAGCCUAACCUGGCCUUGAAUCUCGAGAUCUCCGACUUGAUCAAUAGCAAGAAAGGCUCAGCGCCUCGAGAGGCAGCUGUUACCAUCGUGCACUAUGUCAACCACCGCAAUCAGAACGUUGCCCUCCUCGCGCUUAAUCUCCUGGACAUCUGCGUCAAGAAUUGCGGGUACCCAUUCCACCUGCAGAUAAGCACAAAGGAGUUCCUUAAUGAGCUUGUCCGCCGAUUCCCCGAACGCCCGCCUGUACAUUCGACGCGUGUGCAAAAUAAGAUUCUCGAGCUGAUAGAAGAAUGGCGACAAACGAUAUGUCAGACAUCACGGUACAAGGACGAUCUAGGGUUCAUAAGGGACAUGCACAGGCUGCUAAGUUACAAGGGUUACAUCUUUCCCGAAGUACGCAAGGAAGAUGCAGCGGUCCUAAACCCCAGCGAUAAUCUCCGAUCAGCAGAAGAAAUGGCCGAAGAGGAGCGAGAGGCACAAUCCGCGAAACUCCAGGAGUUGAUUCGUCGUGGUGGACCUGCGGACCUGCAAGAAGCGAACAAGCUCAUGAAAGUCAUGGCCGGAUACGAUACCAGAAACAAGACCGAUUGGCGUGCGAAGGCUGCUGAAGAAGUUGGAAGAAUACAGCAAAAGGCAAAGAUACUUGAGGAGAUGUUGCAGGGCUACAAGCCGGGCGAUCAAAUCAAAGAGGGCGAUGUCUUUGAGGAACUUGCGAACGCCCUCCAGAGCGCGCAGCCAAAGAUCCAGAAAAUGUGCGAAGAGGAUUCCGAAGAUCACGAAGCCGUAGCGAAGCUCUUCGAGAUCAACGACAGCAUACACCGGACAAUAGAGAGAUACAAGCUCUUCAAGAAGGGCGACAUCGAGGCCGCGAAUAACAUACCUCAAGGCACGCUUGGUCGUAGCGGUGCCGGUGUGUCACAGGGUCCCAAUAACACGUUGAACUUGAUCGAUUUUGGAGAUCCAGAACCAACGACUCAAACAGCAGAGUCGUCACAGGCCCCUCAACAGCCAGCGCCUGCAGGAAAUGCUCUCGAAGACGACCUCUUAGGUUUGUCGUUGAGUGGAGACACCUACGGACAGUCAGGCAGCAUAUCCUUGGGAGGUUCAAAUGGCUCAGUCUUGGGCAUGUCUGGAAUGGCAGUGCCACAGUCGCAGAAGGCAUCCAACCAGGCCAUCACCGAUCUUUUCACAGCAGGGCCGAAGUCGACACAACCCCAAAUCACGUCACCUACUCCGUCUACCUUUUCACCACCUCCAACACAGCCAGCUCGCACACCCGAUCCUUUCGCUGCUCUCACAUCCACACCGCGACAAGGCUCGCCUUUCCAAUACCAACAGUCAGUCAAGCCAGCACCAGCCGCAUCUGGUGCCGUCGAUCUGCUGGGUGGCGGUAUGCCCGCACCGACAACCAACUUGACACAAAGUAGCGCUGCUGAUGAUGACGACGAAUGGAACUUUGCCUCAGCUGUGCCAGAUACUUCCAAGGAGAUAACUGUCACUAAUACUAGCGUCAACGUUCUUUUCAAUAUCUCGAGAGAAUCGGACACCACCCUGCUGAUUCAAUCCCGAGUAUCAAACAAUACACCACUGCCAAUCUCCGGUCUAACAUUGCAGGUGGCUGCAUCGAAAGGCGCACAACUGCAAUUGGAACCACAGUCCGGUGUUAAUCUCGGACCAAACCAGAAGUUCGGCAUUACCCAGAACAUCCGCGUAAAUAAUGUACAAAGGGGGUCAGGGAACAGUGUCAAGAUGAGGUGGAAGGCUACAUACUCUCUUGGUGGACAGCAGAAAAACGAGAUGGGUGAGAUUCCGAGCCUCGGUGUUUCAUAG